GUGGCCAUGGUUCAGGAUAGCCAAUAUCCAUUUCCCACUGUGGACGUUCCAGACCAUGCCCACUAUACUAUCGGUUCCGUCAUCUUAGUAAUUGGCAUCACCGGCAUGGUGGGCAACUUCCUGGUCAUGUACGCCUUCUGCAAGAGUAGAAGCCUGAGAACGCCAUCCAACAUGUUUAUUAUUAACCUGGCCAUCACCGACUUCCUGAUGUGUAUCACUCAGACACCUAUAUUCUUCAUCACCAGCAUGCACAAGAGAUGGAUCUUUGGGGAGAAAGGCUGUGAGUUGUAUGCGUUUUGUGGUGCUCUGUUUGGGAUGUGCUCCAUGAUCACGCUUGUGGUCAUCGCGGUGGAUCGAUACUUCGUAAUCACUCGCCCUCUGGCCUCCAUCGGCAAGAUGUCACACAAGCGCGCCCUCAUCAUCCUCGUUAUUGCCUGGCUGUACACCAUGUGCUGGAGUCUUCCUCCCUUCUUUGGAUGGAGUGCUUACGUUCCUGAGGGACUGUUGACCUCCUGCACAUGGGACUACAUGACCUUCACUCCAUCUGUACGCGCCUACACAAUGCUGCUCUUCGUCUUCGUCUUCUUUAUCCCUCUGUUUGUCAUUAUGUACUGCUACUUCUGCAUCUUCCGUGCCAUUCGGAACACGACCAGCGCUGUGGGGAAAAUCAGUGCAGAAGGGGGAACUACCAAAGACUCAAUCAAAAAGUUCCACCGAAUGAAGAGUGAGUGGAAGAUGGCGAAGGUGGCUCUCAUAGUUAUCCUACUGUAUGUUAUCUCCUGGUCUCCAUACUCCUGUGUGGCUCUGACUGCUUUUGCAGGUUAUGCUGACAUGCUUACACCCUACAUGAAUUCUGUUCCUGCUGUGAUAGCCAAGGCUUCAGCUAUUCACAACCCCAUCAUUUACGCCAUCACACACCCCAAAUACAGGUCUGCUUUAGCCAAGUACAUCCCAUGUCUAGGAGUACUGUUGUGUGUGCCACGUAGAGACAGGUUCACUAGCAGCAGCUUCAUGUCCACACGUCGUUCCACCGUCACCAGCCAGUCAUCCGAGAUCAGCAGCAACCUGCGACGCACCAGCAAGACCCGCCUAUCCUCUGUGUCUGACAGCGAGUCUGGUUUGACAGAUACAGAAGCAGACCUGUCCAGCGCAACAUCGCGUUCUGCCAGUCGUCAGGUGUCGUAUGAUAUCCGUAAGGAGCUGACGGACUUUAGACAGAGCAGCUCUCUGAAGGUAAAGGCCAAGGGCCAAAACUCAGGCGGCUUCGACAGAAACUGCAGCCAGAGCCCUUCAGAGCCAGGUCUGAACCUCACCACCUGUGCUUACAUCAGUACUAUGGCAGAUAAAGAUGACAUCUCCAUGACCGAAGUUAGCCCGUCCAAUCAUCUGCCGCCCACUCCUCGUGUGAUCUCGGAGCAGGCCGAGCAUAAGAACCUCUCAGCUCUGAUUCCAUCCAUCGUUGUAACCUCUGAGUCCAGUCAUGCCCUGCAGUUUGACGGGGCCAGUGGGCACCCUUCUAAAUGCCUCCCCGGGGCCUCCACAGUGGCCUCUGUCACCAUGGAGCCCUUCGGGUUGGACAACAGGAAAAAUUCCCAGCCAGACAGUAUAACAAACACGGCUGUUCCUCUGGACAGAAUCUGA